AUGGUGACGCGAUCGAAAUCGAGAGAAUUCGAGCAAGAAGUCGCUGUUGGCGUCAGGGAAGAAGUCAGCUCUUUUCUAAAAUCUGAAGAAUUCAGGAAGAUUGUUCAAAGUGCUGUGGCUGAAACGCUGAAGGCAUGCAUAGAUCAGCAUGUUCAACCUUUACAAGUCGAAGUUUCAGGUUUGAAAGACACCAUUGUUCGAGUUGAGGACGAACUCAUUGAAGCGAAGCAAUUGCUAAAUGAGAAGGUUGUUGUUUUGCAAAAUGUGAUUGUCAAUCUUGAAGAGAAAGUGGCUAGACUUGCCACUAAAGCUAACGAUAACGAACAGUACUCGCGGCGCUAUAACAUUAGAGUAUCUGGUUUUCCCGAAGAAUCAGAUGAGAAUUGUUCUUUGAAGGUUGGCCAACUCUGUCGUGAAACCUUAAUGCUACCAGAUUUUUCUGAGGAACAAAUCGAUAGAAUUCAUCGGGUGGGAAAACCUAGGUCAGAUGGUAAAUCAAGAGCCAUUAUUGUCAGGUUCAAGUCGCACAAAUAUAAACUAAACGUACUGCAAGCAAAGAAUAAAUUAAGGAACACGCCUUUUUCCAUCAAUGAAGAUCUCACAAGACAAAAUCAGCAGCUUUUUUACACUGCUCGUACUGGGUGUACGAACGUGUCUUCUGCGUGGACAAUUGACGGUAGAAUUUUUGCGAAACGACGAUCUGACGACAGGAAGUUUAACAUAGUUCGCUAUACAGAUUUUGAGGAGUAUGACUUAAU